CUGGCACACCAGUUUCUGAAUGCUUAGGAUUUGGCUUUUACCUCUGAAAACAGAGAUGCUUCUCUUAGCAUGUCUGUGCCUUGUGCUUAGCUUUUUGGAAGGAGUGAGCUGUGAGUGUCCUUCACAGUGCGCCUGCAGUUAUCAAGGCAGAAAUGAUGGCACGGGAUCAAGGUUGGUGCUGUGUAAUGACCUGGAUAUGAAUGAGGUCCCUACAAACUUCCCUGUGGACACCGAGAAGCUUCGCAUAGAGAAGACGGUCAUCCGCAGACUCCCCGCCGAGGCCUUCUACUACCUGGUGGAGCUCCGGUACCUCUGGGUGACUUACAACUUCGUGGCCAGCCUUGAUGCCAGCAGCUUUUACAACCUGAAGCAGCUGCAUGAGUUGCGCUUGGGGGGGAAUGCUCUGGCUGCUUUCCCUUGGGCAUCUCUGCUCGACUUGCCCCAUCUGAGAACCUUGGAUUUGCACAAUAACAGAAUAACCAGUGUGCCAGCUGAGGCAGUCAAGUACCUGAAGAAUCUUGCCUACUUGGAUUUGUCAAGCAACAGACUAACCACACUGCCACCAGAUUUUCUGGAGAGCUGGUCGCAUCUGCUGACAACUCUGUCUGGAAGCCUGGACCUUUCACCACGAAGAAUUAUUCUUGGUCUGCAGGACAACCCUUGGUUCUGUGACUGUCACAUUUCUAAAAUGAUCGAGCUGUCAAAAGUUGCUGACCAUACUGUAGUGCUUCUUGACCCCCUGAUGAUUUGUCGUGAACCUGAGCACCUGACUGGGAUUUCGUUUCAGCGCGCUGAGCUGGAGCAGUGCCAGAAGCCGUCAGUGAUGGCCUCAGCCACACAGAUCACCUCUGCUCUGGGCAGUAACGUUCUGCUGAGGUGUGAUGCCACUGGCUACCCAACCCCACAGCUUGCGUGGAGCAGAUCUGAUGGCUCACCUGUUAAUUAUACAGUAAUUCAAGAAUCUCCAAGGGAAGGUGUCAGAUGGUCCAUAAUAAGCUUGACAGGCAUUUCUUACAAGGAUGCUGGGGAUUACAAAUGUAAGGCCAGAAACCUGGCGGGGAUGUCAGAAGCUGUGGUUGCUGUGGCAGUGGUUGGUAUCGUCACGGCCACCAUAUCAUCAGAUACUUCCGCAAGGAGACCCAGAGAUCCUCCUGAGCCAGUGGUCCAGCCGGGAUCUAGAAGGUCAACAUCUGCACCUCAUUCAUUGUCAUCCCCUUGGCUUUCUUCCUCCUCUUUUUCUCCCCCUGCUUCUUCCAAUGUUUUUUCCACUUCCACUUUGUCUCCCCCCUCUACUGCUUCCUUCUCUUUAUCCCCUUUCUUCUCCAUUGUUUCUUCCACCACAAUUCUAAGCACCAGAAUUUCAACCAGCACCCCAGUGGCCAGCUGGCAGUCAUUUCAGCUCCACCCAAAUGGAAAAAGAAAUGUAAAGGUGGAGAUGGGUGGAAGCAAGCUUCUGCCAGCUAGUGCAAGUAAAAAAGGAGAGUUGGCAUUAUUGGAUCAAGCAAUGCCAAGGGAGACAAAUACCACAGUAAAGAAUCUCAGGGUCAUCAGCAAGGCUGAAGACAGAGUGACUCUGAUGUGGAACACCGUCAAUGCCACGCAUGGCUCUGAAGUGACGGUGCUGUAUUCCAAGCAUGGUGAGAAGGACCUGUUGCUGCUGAGUGCAGACUCCAGCAAGAACCAAGUAACCAUAGAAGGCUUGGAGCCCGGUGGGCAAUACAUAGCAUGUGUCUGUCCAAAAGGAGGGCCUCCCCAGAAUGACCAGUGUGUCACCUUUUCCACUGACAGAAUUGAAGAUGAAGGUGCCCCCCAAGGGUCUUUCCUUGUGGUGGCGAGUGGUGCUGCCUGUGUGCUGGUCUUGCCAUUGAUCUUUUUCUUGUUGUACAAAGUUUGCAAGCUGCAGUGUAAGUCGGAGUCCUUCUGGGAAGACGAUUUGGCAGAAGAGACUUAUAUCCAAUUUGAGACCCUGUCCCCAACGUCUCAAAGUGUAGGAGAACUUUGGACGCAAAGGCACAGAGAUGAUUCAGAAAGAUUGCUGCUUUAUUCUAGGUCAAGUGUGGAGUCUCAGAGGGCUUUUAAAAGUAAAGGUUCCAAACCAGAGUAUUACUGCUAAGGUUUUAUAGCUCAGGCACAUGUGGACGCCACAAAAUUAAGGACCUGAGUGAGUGUGUGGCUUGACCCUCUCUUUGGAUGACUUUGGGACAGAUUUUCACAGUCUGUAUGAAAAUCACAAAUAGAGUGCUUUUAAUUGUUUAAAAAAUAUCAUAAAGCGUCUGAACUGAAAAGAUAAUCUUGAUCUUUGUCAUGUAGAAAAUUUCCAUAGAAAUAAUGUUUAGGGUCCCAGGUUUAGUAAAUUUUUAGGGUAAUGUUUUAGUUCCUAAAAAUAAAUUCAUAGGAAAAUAGUUGUAAAAAAGUGAAGUUUGAAUUUACACAUGUAACUUUUGGGCAGUGAAGAAAGAUUAGCAUGACCAGCUAAGCCUUGAUGAUCAUUCACAUUCAAAGUGCUUUAUGCCUUUACUGUGGACAUAGCUUGUGGAUGAGAGGGGGAUAGUACAGAGGUUUGUGCUCACUAAAAGGCUAAAUCCAACCCAAUGGAGGGGACAGGCUCCAGCUCUAGUACAAUAUCGUCUAGUUGUAUUCCUAUUGCAGGCAAGAAAAAAAAAUUAUCUUGUCAUUAGAAAUAUAGGUAUUAGUAAAAAUAAAUUUUAAAAGGGCAUAAACAGUAAG